GCGUGGUUUACACCGGAAGCGACGGGCUGGCGGCGGGUAGGCCGCAGUAGCAGCAGCAGCCCGUGACCGGGCGCCAUGUCGGGCCGCUGCUGCCAGGGACAGACGCCGAGCCGCGAUAUCCCGGGUCCCGGCAAGCGCCUGGCCCUGCCCGACGGAGCACCGCUACCACCCGGGGACUACAGCACCACGCCGGGGGGAACCGUGUUCGGGACCACGCCGGGCGGAACCAGGAUUAUUUAUGAUCGUAAAUUCCUGAUGGAGUGCCGUAAUUCUCCGGUUGCCAAAACACCACCUUCUGACCUUCCGGACAUUCCAGGUGUUACCAGCCCAAUUGUGGAGGAGUUAAAGAUUGAGAACAACCACGUCCAGAACUAUGAUGAGAAAGCGAAUGUAGGUGAAGAAGAGCAGUUUGACAUGGACAUCUAAAGCACGUGCCCUGAGAGUGCUUCUCCAGUGAAGAACCAGGACCUUGUUUGAGGAUUCCCACCAGCCAGGCUUACAGCAGCCCAUGCCUUGAGUGCCUUCCUGUUUCUUGGGAAAGGCAGCUUAUUCCCUUCUGAGAACAGAGUAUAUCCUGUUACAAGGACUGAAUCUCAGCCUCUCCGUGUGGGUGUGAAUACACAGUGCAGUCCCUGCUGAUGAUGGGCCGUGGGGUGCCAGGGGAGACAGUCUCAAUGAUCGUUUUUGUUUCCAGUUUUAUGCUUUUGUUAAUCAUUUUAAUACUGUAAAAGUUACAGAAAUGCAAUAUAAGGGAGAAAUAAAUCAUUUUGACUCUCCUGGUAUGCAAUAAAUAUUGCUUCUGACCUGCA